AUGAAAAUCCCAAGAGAGGCCGUUGUUGAAGAGCUGAAGAGACAGCUAUGGCUGGCAGUGCCUCUCUGCUCAGUGGCUUUCCUGCAAUACAGUCUCCAGACCAUCUCCAUCAUGUUUGUUGGUCAUCUCGGUACUCUCCCUCUUUCCGGAGCUUCCAUGGCGACCUCCUUUGCCGCCGUUACAGGAUUCACCUUACUGACAGGAUUAACCGGUGCACUGGACACAUUUUGCGGACAAUCGAAUGGGGCAGGGCAGUACCAGAUGCUUGGCAUACACUUGCAGAGAUCAAUGCUUGUUGUCUCAGUCGUCAGUGUUUUCGUCGCCAUCAUCUGGGCCAACACGGAGCCUAUUCUAAUUGCGAUGCGCCAAGACAAAGCCAUAGCCAACCAAGCUGGCAAGUAUGCCCGCUGCUUGAUCCCAAGCCUCUUCGCGCAUGGCCUUCUUCAGUCCAUUCUCAGGUUCUUGCAAACCCAGAGCAUUGUCUUCCCAAUGGUCAUAACCUCUGCACUUGCGGCGCUGCUCCACAUCCUUCUCUGCUGGCUUCUUGUAUUCAAAACUCCCCUGGGGAGCAGGGGGGCAUCCAUAUCUAUUUCCAUAUGUUAUUAUCUGAAUCUUCUCUUCAUCUCCUUCUAUAUCAAAUACUCUUCUUCUUGCAAACAAUCUUGGACUGGCUUUUCCAAAAAGUCCCUAAAUGGAGUCUUCUCCUUCCUUAAACUUGCUGUUCCUUCGGCUCUUAUGCUCUGCCUGAAAGUUUGGACAUUCGAACUCGUAGUUAUCUUGUCUGGUCUUCUUCCGAACCCAGCAUUAGAAACUUCAGUUCUUUCAAUAUGCCUUAAUACAUUUACUUUAGCUUGGAUGAUCCCAUUUGGAUUCAGUGCUGCUGUAAGCACACGGGUGUCGAAUGAACUAGGAGGUGGAAAUCCAGAGGCAGCACGUGUAGCAGUUGGCGUGGUGUUAUGCAUGGUGUUCAUUGAAGGGAUCUUGUUAGCUUCAAUCAUGAUUGUGCUGAGGAACAUGUGGAGCCGUAUUUACAGUAAUGACAAACAAGUAAUCAGAGAUGUGUCGGCGACGACGCCAAUUCUGGCAGUUUCGUGCUUUCUAGACGGAAUACAAAGUGCACUUUCAGGUAUUGCUUCCGGAUGUGGGUGGCAGCGAAUAGGUGCAUAUGUGAAUCUUGGCUCAUUCUAUCUUGUGGGCGUUCCUUGCUCUGUCCUGUUAGGAUUUGUUGCGCAUAUGAAAGCCAAGGGGCUGUGGUUGGGGAUCAUAGCUGCAUUCGUUGUGCAAGUAACAUUUUACGCUUUCAUCACCAUUCGAACCAGUUGGGACCAACAGGCAAGGAUAGCGGAAAGCAGAGUUAAGGAGUCAACCAUGUCGCCAAAGACAGAAUGUGAAGUCUAAUACAGUAAUACAUACAUGCAUUGCUGACUCAUAUCAUGGAGCAGAGCAUGUUCCCCUCAAAGAAUGUUUAAAAAAAUUAUCAUUAUUAUCGUAAUA